AUAUGUCUGACUUUUUUACCGUAAUGAACUUCAUUUGAAGCAUAUAAAUUCAUGAAGACUGUUACUGUUAUCCAACAUCGUAUUGUACCCCAGAAUUCUCAUACUGAUAUUUUGAUAACUCAUUUUCAAAAAAUCAGAAUCUAACCAUGUCUGUAUUUUUCAUGGUUUCACGGUUGUUUCUUCAGAGUAUCCUGACAUCAAUCCUUACAUAAACAAAAAUAAACCAUAAGUUUGCUUAAUUAUAUCUAUCUUUAAAAUAUCUGGAUUUAAAAAGAUGUUUCAUGAUGGAAAAUGUUUCAAUGGUUUUGAGAUUAACUUCAGAGAUCAACAUUUCAUUGUAAUAGUUCAAAAUUCAAUGUUCUUUCCAAAUGAAAAACAAACAAAUCAAAGUUAUUUUUGAUUGGUAGUUUGUCAGCUUCACCAAUAAACGGUUUUUUGAGAACUAGACAGUUUUUAUUUUUCAGAGUAAUAUUACGUCACUAUAUGAAAAUUAUCAAAACAAGAGUAUGAACCAUAUAAGGAGGAUAUUUUUAUUUCAAUGUUUACGUCUUGUCAGUUAAUUUGUUCAUUUCUCUAUUGUAGUUCAUUCACAAAAAUCGAUCACGUCGUUGUUAUUCCUUAUUGGUUGUUGAAUGCAUAUAUAUGUAAGUAUUAACCUUAUUACUUAAAACGGUAUGACCUAAAUAAUAAAGAAAUUAUAUUUUCUAUGAAAGGAUAUUCACGUGCACUGCAUGUUGAAUUGAAUGUUCAAUGCAUGAUAUCAAACUUUGAGAAUGAUUUCGUAUUAAAUAAUCAGUUUGAAAUAUUCAAAACAACAAUCACAUUUCCCACAUUUUAAAACAUUUUAAACUAACAUAAUGGUCAAUACUUGUGAUGGUCUUAAAGGUGAUAAAGGUUCCGAUACUUCCGAUGAAAGAUUGACAAAUGAGAGAAUAAACGUUGAAAGUACACGGGAAAGUGCCAACUAUGAGGUAGAUAGACACCACGGAUGGUAUACUGACGCACAUUGGUUUACACAAAUUUCCCUGAAGUAGCACAUACAGCCUACUGAUGAGUGCUGACAAGGACGAAACCAAAGUCAGAGAUUUUUAUCAACUUACUGUAAAUAUUCAAUGAAAAGAAGGUAUACCAUAACUCUAUGUCACUCAGCUUGGUGGGCAUAACUGGCACUUUUUGGAAAGAUUAAGUAAUAACACAUCUGAACUGUAGAGUUGCGUUGGUGACAACUUAACAACUAUUUAAUUUAGAUUAAGCCAGAGAAACUAAUUGUCCUGAUCAAGCCUCUCGUGACUACAGAAAACGACCAUGUGAUUAUAUUGUACGAACAAGUUUCAUUACAAAUACUACAAAUUUGACGAGUUAUUCAACAGAGGAAGACCCAAGUGAUAAUUCACUUCAAGAGGAUGAUACUUCUGGAGUGAGAAGACAUAAACUACUUCCAUCGCUGAGUUUACUUAAUCCGAAAUUGCCUAAAUUAAAUAAAGUGGGAAAAUUCCGUGUAAAUCUUAUCCUACGGCUACGUAGUAUAUGGUCACGAACACGAUCUCAGUCACAAGGACAGAAGCCUAAAAGCUAUCACAAGCAUCAUUAUCACCACCACCAACAUCAUCAUUCUAAGGAACUUUAUAAUAUAGAGGCAUGUAAAUCUAUGAAGGUAGAAAACACUGAUCACACUAAAAAUAUGCUUGUAAAUGAUGGAAGAACCGUUCCACAGAUGAAAUCUUCAGGUUCACAUAACAGUCAAAUAAUAAUACAUAAACAUUAUCAUUCCGAUUGUUGUUUACUACAGCCUUUUUAUGUGCAUAGUCGCAUAAUUAGCAAGUGUUCACACAUUCAUUAUCAUUUUUAUUACCAAUAUCCUAAGUCAACAUGCAAGGAAAGUUUGUUCAACAGUGAAGAAAAAGAUUUAAACAAAAUAUCAAAUCAGGUGUCGAAUUUAAAUUUACUUUCACCAAGUAAUCAUUCUCUGUCAACUGGAAAUAUAUGCUGUUUAUAUGCAUUGAAGUGUGUACCAUCGAUUGAGUGUGUAGCAUCCCAACUGUCAUCACCAUGUCAGCAACAACAAGAAAUAUUCAGUGAAAACAAACGUUCCAGUCCAACGAUAACUUCAAUAAUGAUGAAUAGGAGAAACAAUGCAAGAUUAAUUUCCCCUUUUGAAAAACUUAAAUAUCAUCCAUGCUAUCAAGAUCGCGAACGUCAUUUAGGCAAAUGGAUUCAAGAAAUUUUAACACACACUGGUGAUAGCGAUGAAAAUGAUGAUGGUGAUGAUAACAGUGACGAAAAUCCAGAUGGUGGCAACCAGAACAACAGUAAGGUUACUAAAAAUAAAGCAGUGGAUAACACUAAUACUAAUAAUUUCAGUCGUAACAGAAUGUACAGUAGUUUGAAACAUGUACGCUUUGCUGACGAGUCAGCGUGUUCAUCUUCAGUGACCACAUUGAAUUCUUUGUCAAGAUCUUCAUCAUUUUCAUCAUUGAAUAUUUCAAAUACUUCAUUAUCAGGAGUUUCUUGUUCACAUAUCUCUAAUCUCUGUCCUGAUAGUGAUUGGGCAAUCAGCGAUAGACUACUGUCACAGAGUUCAAUUUCAAAGGAAUUUCUGUUCAGUAAUCUAAGGCCAAAACAAUUGAUAAAGAGAACAACCAACAAUCGUAACAAUACAUAUAAUGAUCACGGUAAUAAUAGUGAAAAUGCCUCAGACAGACGACAGCAUAUAAAAAACAAUCAUACCGAAACACCUUUAGUAACAGUGAAUUUAUUUCAUAAUACCUCAGAACCACCAGAAGUACCUCAGCAUGUUUUAAAUCAACUAGAGUCCAUAAAAAAAUGGAAACCCCAGUUUACAAAUCCAAUCAACUGUACCUAUUUCAUACAACGUCUUCUAGAACAAAAAGUAUGUCUUUGCCACUGCUGGUCGAACAAUUUUCAUUCUAUUCACGUCCAGGUUAAAACGAUUGCAAGUAGCCAAGGUUAUCCAGACUUUUCUGCAGAAGUUCGACUACGCUAUACACUGGAUCACUGGCAAACCUAUACAGAAUGUUCUCCAUUGACAAAAUUGGAUCACUUAACGGAAUCACACAAUGACUUCCAGUCAAUAGAAACGUAUGAAUCAGAAGUUAAACUACAUUUUGUUUUAAUUAAUGAAACUUCAUUAUUUUCAACAGAGUUCAGAUCUUAUCAGCUAGAAUUUGCUGUUGUUUAUCGAGGUAGCGGAUAUGAAUACUGGAUAAUAACUAUACGAAAAAUUACCUUUGUUGUUUAUGAUGGUUGUUGUAAGAUGCAUAUUUUCAGGUUCCUUUUUUACUGUGAUUAUUAAAAAUUUAGUUAUUUC